AUGGCCACAGAAAAGGUGCUUGGAAUGUGGUGGGAUACCACAACUGAUACGUCCACAUUCAAGUUGUCACCUAAGCACGAUGUGGAGCUACUCUCUGGUGCCAGAAUACCUAUAAAACGUGAAGCUCUGAGGACGUUGAUGGCAAUAUAUGAUCUGAUGGGACUCAUUGCCAAUUUUCUCAUCUACUUAAAGAUCCUGCUGCAGGAAAUAUGGCGUUCCGGGCGCGGUUGGGACGACGAGAUCAGUGGCAAGCUAGUCGAGAAAUGGACCACAUGGAUCGAAGCGCUGCCGAAUAUUCGUCAAGUCAGCAUCCCUCUUUGCUACCGAGUUAUAACGUCCGCCGCGUUGACGAAUAAGGUAGAGUUGCACAUAUCCUGUGAUGCUAGCGAGAAUGGAAUAGCUGCCGUAUCAUACUUCAGCCUUGAACUUCAGGCGGCUAUAAUUGGAGCUCGAUUUGCUGAUUGUAUAACCAAGUCGCACCGUAUGGAGAUUUCUCGCCGUGUAUUCUGGACCGACUCCCGUGACGUGAUAUGCUGGUUACGUUCAGAUCACCGACGCUUCAGCCAAUUCAUGGCUUUCAGGGUCAGCGAGCUUCUCGAUACAACGCAGGUGAAUGAGUGGAGAUGGCUUCCAACUAAAGCAAAUGUAGCGGACGAAGGGACGAAAUGGCAAAGGAUGCCGAACCUUCAGCCUAGCAGUCGUUGGUUCCAUGGACCGGACUUUCUGCGGGAGCCUGAGAAUGAAUGGCCUGGUUAUAGUGGAGAUCAAGGUGCAACCGUAGAGGAGCUUCGUCCAAAUAUUCUUCAUCACACAGUAACAAAACCACUGGUGAAUUUCGAACGCUUUUCAAAAUGGAAACGGUUACUUAGGUCGGUUGCGUAUGUUCAUCGCUUCGUGUCGAAUCUUCGUAAGCGCGCCAGGAAGACUUCCAUCGAGCUCGGCCCACUAACGCAGGAAGAACUGAAGCUAGCAGAGAACAUUAUUUACCGGUCAGUUCAACAGCAGGCCUAUCCAGGUGAAAUCCAGGUCCUGCGCAACGGUUCAACAGAACACUCAUGGGAGCGCACAUUACCGAGAAACAGCCCGCUGCACAAACUGAAUCCGAUCAUCGAUGAAAACGGUGUCUUGCGAAUGCGAGGACGUAUAAAUGUCUGCGAUUGGGUUGAUGAAGCCACCAAAAACCCGAUCUUGCUUCCGAGGAAAAACUACGUGACUCAGUUGGUGAUCGCCGACUAUCACGCGACUUACAGACAUCAAAAUCACCAUACAGCGUUGAAUCAGAUCCGAUUAAAGUAUUACAUAUCUCGUCUCAGAUCAGAGUUUGAUCAAGUCCGUAGAAGAUGCCUACGAUGCAAGAUUUUUAAAGCAAAUCCACAGCCACCAGCAAUGGGAAACCUUCCGUCUGCCCGGUUGGCAGCCUUCCAGCGACCAUUCUCUUACACUGGAGUCGACUAA